AUGGGUAACUCGACUCUUGGGAAAGGAGAUUCCAAUACAUUCAAAGAUCUUAUUAGACACCAGAGAACUCACACGGGAGAGAGACCCUAUAAAUGUACAGAAUGCGAGAAAAGCUUUACUGAGAAACCGAGACUUACUACUCAUCGGAAACGUCACACUGUAGAGAAAGUAUAUCCUUGCACUGAAUGUGACAAAAGCUUUCCUGAUCAAGCACGACUGACUAGUCACUACAGAAUCCGCUCGGGAGAGAGGCCGUAUCAGUGCCCUGUGUGUGGGAAACGAUUCAGCCACCAGUCUAUUCUCAUCAAGCAUCACAGAAUCCACACGGGGGAGCGGCUGUAUAAAUGUACGGAAUGUGAGAAAAGCUUCAAUGAGAAAUCCAAGCUGACCAACCACUACACAAUCCACACUGGAGAGAGACCCUAUGCUUGUAAAGAGUGUGGGAAAAGUUUCCGGCUGAAGAUGAGUCUUAUAAAUCACCAGAUAAGUCAUGGCAAAGAGAAGCCUUAUCAGUGCGCCUUGUGUGACAAGAGCUACAUCCAAAAGAAACACCUCCUACGUCACCAGCGAGUCCACACAGGAGAGAGACCCUUCCAUUGUACUGUGUGUGGGAAGAACUUUCGGCAGAAGUUUGUCCUGCUAUCCCAUCAGCGACUCCACACAGGAGAGAGACCCUAUGCCUGUACCGUGUGUGAGAAGAGCUUCAUCACCAAAUCCAAAUUGACCAGUCACUACCGUAUCCACACGGGAGAGAAGCCCUACAAGUGCACUGAGUGCGGGAAGAGCUUCAGAGUGAGGGAGACUUACCGGCAACACCAGCAUAGUCACGCGCAAGAGCGACCCUACAAGUGUAGUGACUGCGAGAAGAGCUUCAGCUGCCAGUCAGGCCUUAUCAGACAUCAGACGGUCCAUACAGGAGAGAAGCCUUAUAAGUGUGUGGAAUGUGGAAAGAGCUUCAGCCGCCAGUCAAAUCUUAUCAGACAUCAGACGGUCCAUACAGGAGAGAAGCCUUAUAAAUGUGUGGAAUGUGGAAAGAGCUUCAGCUGCCAGUCAGGCCUUAUUAGACAUCAGAAGGGCCACACUGGAGAGAAGCCUUAUCAAUGUGUGGAAUGCAACAAGAGCUACAUUCGGAAGGAGUGUCUGCUAAGCCACCAGCUCAUCCACACAGGAGAGCGGCCCUACACCUGCACUGAAUGUGGUGAACACUUCAGGCUAAAGGUGACUUUUGUAAAGCACCAAAAGAAUCAUGCAAAAGAGGACUCUGGUCAGCGCAGCCUGUCCUUUAAAACUUGA